AUGCCGAGCACCUCGGACGCGGCGGCCGGCGGGAGCGGGGGUAGCCGGGGCUGGGGCAGCGGCGGUGGCGGCAGCGCGGCGGUGGAGGCGACGGCCGACAAGAAGCGGCUGCACCACCGGAGACGGAAGCGCUUCGCGGCCCAGCCGCAGCCGCCGCCGCCGGCCCCGCACCCGCUGCUGUUCCCGCUGCUGCAGCCGCCGCUCCUGCAGCCCCCGCUGCUGCAGCCGCCGCUGCCGCCACAGUCCCUGCUCUUCCUGGCGGCCACCGGUGCCUCCUCUUGUUGCGGGGAAGGCGGGGAGCGGAAGCGACCGCGAGGCAAGCGGCGCUCGGGCUCCCGCCACAAGCGGCGGCGGGGCCGCGGUGGCGGCGGCGGGGGCACCCAGGAGGCGGAGAAGCGGCGCGGUAGCGGCGGGUUGAGCACGCUGGUGGAGGAAUACGACGACGUGAGCUCUCAAUCCGAAGGACUAUUGGGUAGCGGCGCGGCCGGCGGGGGCAGUGGCGGGGGCAGCCCGGGCUCCUCCUCGGGCGGUGGGACACAGCGGCAGCGGGGCGAGGCGGAGCGAAGCGGCCGGUCUCGUCGGGAGCACCGCGGCAGCAGCGGGCGCUCCAAGGAGCGGCACCGAGAGCAUCGCCGACGGGGAGAGGAAAAGGCGCAGCAGGAGGGGACGGCGGCACCGAGCCGCGGGGCAUCCGAGCCCUCCUCGUCCUCCAAAUCCCGCAGCCGCCACAACCACACCGGGAGCCAAGACCGGGAAGGACUCAAGAGCAGCAGUAGCAGCGGCGGUGGCAGCGACGGCCGCAGGAAGGGCUCCCUCGCCUCUCCCAGCAGCGGCAGGAAAGACCGGGAGAGCAAAUCGCACAGGAGUCGGACUAAAGCGGCUAAAGAACCGCCGUCGGCGUACAAGGACCCUCCGAAAGCUUACCGAGACGAUAAGCCCGAGCCCAAGGCGUACCGGCGUCAGCGCUCCUCGCCCAGCCCUGGCCGGGAUGACAGCCCUCCUCUGCACCGCUCCUCGCAGAGCCAGCGCAGCCGCAAGUCGCUCAGCCCGGUGGGCGCCCGCUCGCCGCUCAGCCCCUACAGCCGACGGCGAUCCCCCAGCUACAGCCGGCACAGCUCGUACGAGCGCGGCGGGGAUGUGUCGCCCAGCCCCUACAGCAGCUGGCGUCGAUCGCGGAGCCCCUACAGCCCCGUUAUCCGGAGAUCAGCAAAAUCUCGAAGCAGAAGUCCAUAUUCAUCAAGGCACUCCAGGUCUCGUAGCAGACACAGAUUGUCUAGAUCCAGAAGUCGUCAUUCAAGUAUUUCUCCUAGUACAUUGACUCUGAAGAGCAGCCUGGCUGCUGAGCUGAACAAAAACAAAAAAGCAAGAGCAGCUGAGGCAGCCAAAGCCAGUGCAAAAGCGUCCAAUACUUCAACACCUACUAAGGGAAACACUGACACUGCUGUAACUACACCUCAAGUGAACAAUGUUAAAGACCUGAAGAAAAUCAAAACUGAGCAUACACCUUCUCCUACCAGCAGUGCAAAUCUCAAAAACGACAAGGCAAAAGCAAAGGUCUCGCUUCCUGAAACAAAAGCGGAAAAUAAUGUAGCUGCAGACAAAAUUACUAAACAGAAGCCUGCAGCAGUAAAAGAGAAUAAAUUGACUGUUGUGAAACAGCCACCGGUCCCUGUAAAAGAGAAGAGCAAGCCGAGUACACCGAGUGUACCAGCCAAGGAGAAGGAUCGAAUUGUUACCCUGCCGACCUCCACACUGCCACCCUUGCCUUUGCCUCCCACGCUGCCUGAAGAUAAAGAAACUGAUAGCUUGAGAGAGAAUCUUUCAGUGAAGUCAGUUAAAGAAACAGAGAAGAAACUUCGCCAUCUGCUUGCAGACUUGCCACUUCCACCUGAGUUGCCUGGAGGAGCUGAGGUACCCAAAAGUCCUGAAGAAAAGAAACCACCAGUUCAAUUACAUAGCAAGAGAAGACCAAAAAUAUGUGGACCACGACAUGGUGAAACGAAAGAAAAAGAAAUAGACUGGGGAAAGCGCUGUGUGGAUAAAUUUGAUAUCAUUGGUAUUAUUGGUGAAGGCACUUAUGGGCAAGUUUACAAAGCCAGAGAUAAAGAUACAGGGGAAAUGGUAGCACUGAAGAAAGUACGCCUGGAUAAUGAAAAGGAAGGGUUUCCAAUUACAGCUAUUCGAGAGAUUAAGAUUCUUCGACAGCUUAAUCAUCAAAGCAUUAUCAACAUGAAGGAAAUAGUGACGGAUAAGGAAGAUGCUUUGGACUUCAAGAAGGACAAAGGUGCAUUUUACCUGGUAUUUGAAUAUAUGGACCAUGACUUGAUGGGACUGCUGGAAUCUGGUUUGGUUCAUUUUAAUGAAAAUCAUAUUAAAUCUUUCAUGAGACAGCUGAUGGAGGGCUUGGCCUAUUGCCACAAGAAGAACUUUUUGCACAGAGAUAUCAAAUGUUCAAAUAUUCUACUAAAUAAUAGAGGGCAGAUAAAGCUCGCAGAUUUUGGGCUUGCUCGGCUGUACAACUCAGAAGAAAGCCGACCAUAUACCAACAAAGUUAUUACAUUAUGGUAUCGGCCUCCUGAACUUCUCCUUGGGGAAGAAAGAUACACACCAGCCAUCGAUGUCUGGAGCUGUGGCUGUAUCCUGGGUGAACUUUUUACGAAAAAACCAAUAUUUCAAGCAAAUCAAGAACUUGCUCAACUGGAACUCAUAAGCCGAAUUUGUGGAAGUCCUUGUCCAGCAGUGUGGCCUGAUGUUAUAAAAUUAGCUUACUUCAACACAAUGAAACCAAAGAAGCAGUAUCGUCGAAAACUGAGAGAAGAGUUUUCUUUCAUCCCACCAGCUGCAUUAGAUUUAUUCGAUUAUAUGCUUGCCCUGGAUCCCAGCAAGCGCUGCACAGCUGAACAAGCUCUUCAGUGUGAGUUCCUGCGAGAUGUGGAACCAUCUAAAAUGCCUCCUCCAGACCUUCCUUUGUGGCAGGAUUGCCAUGAGCUGUGGAGUAAGAAACGCAGAAGACAGAAGCAGAUGGGCAUGACUGAUGACUCUACAGCAGCUAAAGUCCCUAGGAAAGAUCUGUCUCUAGGCAUGGAUGAGAGCAGAACCAACACCCCACAAGGCAUGCAAACUUCUUCCCAACUCAAAACUCAGGGCAGCUCUAGUGUAGCACUUGCAAAAACAAGCACUGGACAGCAGUUAAACCAGAAUGAAGUGGCAAUCCUGCUAAACCUGCUACAGUCUAAAACAAGUGUUAGUUUGGCACAGUUUGCCCAAGUAUUGAAUAUUAAGGUAAACCCAGAGACUCAGCAGCAACUAAAUAAAAUAAAUCUUCCUGCUGGAAUUUUGUCAGCAGGUGAAAAACAGUCAGAACAGCAGCAGCAGCAGCAGCCACCGCCGCCUCCUCCACCACCUCCAGAGCAGGAGCCUCUGAAACAGCCGAUGGUGACUCAGCCCCCUGUGCCCCCUGUGCCCCCUGUGCCACCUGCUCAGCUGGGUCAGCCUAAAGUUGAGACUGAUGCUGCCCAGGCAGCUGUGCAGAGUGCAUUUGCUGUUCUGCUGUCUCAGUUAAUAAAGGCUCAGCAAACAAAACAAAAAGAUUUUGUGUUGGAGGAGAAGGAAAAUGGAUCAGGAAAUGAAAUGUCAUUACAACUCAGACAGCCUCCAGAGCCCGCCACUCCCGUGUCUGUCAGCCGAGAUGACGUGGAAUCUCCAGCACCUGGCUACCCACAUCUGAUCAAGUCAUUAUACAUGUCUGCAGGUCAAGAGGAUUUAGUUAGGCAGUCUGAGAUGAGGCUUCUGAACCGAACACCUGAGCAGGAGCGCCCUCGGAUCUUGCCUCCAGACCAGCGUCCCCCCGAGCCACCGGAGCCUCCGCCGCUCACUGAUGAAGACCUUGAUUAUCGGACAGAGAAUCAGCAUUUGCCUAUAAGUAACUCUUCAGGAGCAGAUCCUCACGCAGGAGUGAAAGCAGCUCUUCUGCAGCUGCUGGCUCAGCAUCAAGCUCAGGCGACAACGGAGGAGCCAGUACCCACGGGUGUGGAUUAUCAGGCUAGGGACUCCUAUGUAACAGGCCCGGACUACAAGGAUAACUUUGGCUCAUCGUCCUUCUCAUCUGCCUGUUACAGCACUAGCGAUGGAAUAGGAAGCGGAUCAUCAGGAGUAUUAGAAAGGAGGAGUUUCCUUGGAAACUCAGAUAUUCAGUCCUUGGAUAACUACAGUACUGCUUCAUCUCACUCUGGUGCUGCCCCUCCUCCAUCGGCCUUUCCAGAAUCCUUUCCCAGCUCAGUAACUGGUUACGGAGACAUUUACCUCAAUGCUGGCCCCAUGCUGUUCAGUGGAGAUAAAGACCAUAGGUUUGAAUACAGCCAUGGCCCGAUCCCGGUUUUGGGGAGCAGCAGUGAUGCUUCCACAGGGCCAGAGAGCACGCACUCUUUGCCCACAAAGAUGCACAACUAUAGCUAUGGAAGUAAUUUACAGGAAAAUCCCACUGGCAUCAGCCACAUGCAUGGACAGACUUGGACUUCUCCUGCCCAAGGACCUGGCUAUUCCCAAGGAUACAGGGGACACAUUAGCACAUCUGCAGUGAGAGGGCGAGGCAGAGGAUUACCAUAUUGAGUAUCUGUUUUUCCUCAGGCACAUCAUUUUUAUCUGGAAAAACUUCCCCCCCCCAGCUGCAAUUUAAAGCAGCAAUUCAACAGACUUGAAUAAUGUUAAUUCAACAGCUUUAUUUUUAUGUGGAAAAGGGUCUUGCAUACAGUAGGAAAAAUUAAAAAAUGCUUACAACUCAUGCUGUCUAAAAACUAGAUGACUUGAUUGUACAUGUUCACAAACUCUAGUUCUGACUUUUAUUUUGUAUUUUGGCAGUUUUAAGUGGAUGCUAAAUUUAGGGACAUCAGCUUUUUAUGGCACUCUUUCAGAUCUUCUGAACUAUGCACAUUUGUGCUUUUUUUGUAAGUUUGGACCAAGUUUUAUGUAAAAAAAGAAAUUUUACAACAAUCAAAGCAGGGCACUGAUUUAUUUGGUAUUUUUCUUUUUACAGAACUACCUUUAGUCAAAGGUCACUGUCAGUCUUUGCACUGCUUUCAGUGUUAUUGUGGAAGGUGUACUUUGUGCUCAUUUCAGAUAAUAAAACACAACCUUUCUCUUGAUGCAAAAUUUUAUAAAUAUUUGGUCAACGUUUUUUUUUUUUUUCUUUUAAGAAAAAAAAGAAUGGGUGUUCUGGUAAAAUGUUCUCUCCAUCUCCCACACUUGUUUAUAUAAAAACUGUUUUACUUGAAUGGUAAGUGCCUUAACAUGUAAGCUUAAGGUCUGCAAAAAUUUGGAAGUACUUCGUAGGUUGCUAUGAACAUAACACCUAAACCUAGGUAAUUAACAAGAGAAUUCAGAUAAUAAUAAGAAACUCAAACAGGUGAAUAUUGUGGUGUUUACUUCACAUGGGCCAGUUACUUAGAGACCUGAUCUUACCUACAUAAAAUUGUAAUUUCCAAAUUGAACUUCAUGAGAAACGUUGAAAGUGAGGAGAAGAAUGAAGAGUGUAGUUUUUUCCUCAGCUCCCUGUUGGAGUUGUAGUAA